GCUAUCGUAGAAAUCUGUGAGAGAAAAGGAGUGGUGAUUACACUGUCUUUGCCAAAAAAAUACGUUUUUUAUAUGGUUCUUGGCCACCUAGAGACUUAUACUCCUAAUAUGUGAUACAGUUAGUGAUACCCGAUAAUGUGUAGCGUUUGCAGUGUCGAAAAACAUUGAUAAAUGUAUUAAUUAACGAUGUAAACGUUUGUCAUGACGUUUACUAUGAUAUUCGCGUGUGUGCGUGUGUACUCAACGUGACGGCAUUGCUGUUGGCUGCCAAACCGACUCUUUAACGGAAUAAGUAUCUUGGAUGUUGAUUUUGUUCUAAAUACGGAAAGGGCGCAUUAACUGUGAAAAACAUCAGACGGAUCAAGAUGGCGGGGCAGAUUGCGCGCCAAAAGCGACGCGGGCGCCAUCUGCCACGGAACGUCGGUUGGAACGUUUCGAACGGAUUGAAAUAGUGUUUUGACGUAACAGUGUAGUGUUGUGAUAGUGAUGUGAUAGUGUAGUGUUGUAAGUAUGUCUGAGGAGCGUUCGCGGCGGUUGUCGCAGAUCUUCGACCCGCUGUCGAGGUUCACGGACCACAGCGGGGCGGGGCAUUCUGCCAGCACGCCGAACAGCCCUCGCCUCAUGCCGAGGAGGGCGAGGGAUACACCGCCUCCGCCGCCAAGACCUUUCGCCCAUUCCUCUCGUCUGGAUCCCAUGGAGUAUGAACUAGCUGCAACCGAAGACUCAGUGAACUGGCAGGAGAGAUGCCUUGAACUGCAACUUGAGUUGCACAGGAGUCGGCAUCAAGCGACGCGCGUGAGGGACAUGUUGAGAGAUAAGCUCUCGGAGCUCGAGCAGAGAGUGCUGGAGGCCGAGGGCAGGGCGGAAGAGGCAGAAGACAAGGUCCGCGCCAUGGAGCAGCGGCUGUGCGAGUGGCCGGCGGGCGCUGAAGGUGCCCCCAAAGCCAUCUCGAGGCUUGAAGGCCAGAUAGAAGAACAGAAGCAGCUGCGACUUCAGGACGCGAAACAAGUUGAAGCAAAGGCCGCUCGUAUAAAAGAGUGGGUUACAAACAAACUACGGGAAUUGGAACAACAAAAUCAGCUACUUAGAGAACAAAAUGACCGGUGCAAUCAACAAUUAGAAUUAUUAAGGAACCACAUUGCAACACAGGGCAGUAGGAAUUGCACGCAGUUUCUACCCUCUCGGGGAAGUUUAUCGCUAGAAGUGAGAACAGAAGACUCGACUCGUGCUACCAGUCUUUUAGCUUCAAUCAGACGACGCUCUGAAAGCUUAGAGGGUCCCCAGUUACCGCUAACAACCUCAGAGCCACACUACAGUACACCAGUAAGGCAUAGACGAAACUUGUCGAUUGGAACAACGAAUUUGACGCAAACUAAUGUGGCACAAAUAACCACUAUGAAUAGGACAAUGGAUGAGAGGACCACAGCGAGCUUGCUUGCUGAUGAUUUGGCGGCGGCAGUUGAAAAUUUAGUAGUACUACCAACAACACCUAAUACAUCUACAGAUGGGGAUACCACUCACGACUAUGCUGAAAUCUAUACACCAAGUAGAGAACGCACACCAGCCUGGCAAGGUAACGUCAACGUGGUUGUACAAGGCAAUAGCCGCGGGGGGUCUUCCACUGGGGACAGUUCCACGUCAGAUAACCCACGGCCUCCAACACCACCGCUGCACAGGUUUCCUAGCUGGGAGGCUAAGAUUUAUCAGGUAGCAGACGACGGCCUACAACAAUCGGUAGAAGAAGAAUUAAGUCCACCGCCUUGCCCGCGAGCGAUGCACGAAUCUACCAGCUAUCAAGAUAUCUCUGUGCCUGUGUAUGCUACUGUUAAAGGGAGAGCAAGUCAAAUUCGAUCAAUGCCCUUCACGGGUGAUUCGUCUGACGAUUCUUCAGAUGGUGAAGAGUCUAUGGGAGUCACUGUUCAUAACACGCCACAUCAUAAUCCCGCUUUUGGCCAAUCAUCCCAGCCAAUCAACAACGUGAACCUAACCAGUAUGCUACCGGCAUCCAUACAACAAACGUCAGGUCACGCGCUAGUAUUGAACACAAACGGACAGUGCAGUUCGUCAGACACCAGUCUAAGCGCUAGUAGCCCGUCGAAGAGUGUCAAAACUAGCUCCAGUUUGAGUCCAGCUAAACGCUCCAGUAGCGGCUCGCCGAGUAAACAGAGCAAAACCAGAGACACAUCGUUCGAGUCUGGCAUGUCAGACGACUACGCGGUGCCGCCAGACGCGCUGGGCGAGCCGGCGCGCGACUCGCCGCGCAGACACGACGCGCUCGAGAAGAGCGGACACCUCGCCAAGCUCGGCGGCAAGCUGAAGACCUGGCGCAAGCGGUGGUUUGUGCUCAAAAACGGCACGUUAUCGUACUGGAAGUCACAAUCGGAAGUGAGCCGCAAGCCACAAGGGCAGAUCGGUUUGGGCGAGGCGUGUCGGAUCUCGCGCAACGAUGGCGCGGCUACUUUCGAGAUAUUCACCGGGAGCCGAACCUACUACCUCACGGCUGAUAGCAUAGCCACUAUGGAGGACUGGAUUAGGGUGCUGCAGAACGUACAAAGGCGAAACGCAACAAAACUUCUGUUAAGCAAAGAAGACAAUAAGCCAACUAUACAGGGCUGGCUCACCAAAGUUAAAAAUGGACACGCUAAGAAGAGUUGGUGCGUGUUACUGGGCAAAAUGUUCCUGUAUUUUAAGUCGCCUGGAGAUCAGAAUCCUACCGGCCAAAUAAACAUGCGCGACGCACGCGUGGAGGACGUAGAACAUGUGUCUGAUUCCGACUCGGAGGAGAAAAACGAUGACGCUAGGAAACAUCUUACUGUAGCUAUUUAUCCACAACAUCAGGGACCAACAUACCUUCUAUUCGAGUGUAAAGCGGAUAAGGACUCGUGGUUAUACCACUUGACAGUAGUGAGCGGGGGUUGUGGCAGUCAGGGGACGCACUUUGAGCAGUUGGUGCAGAAAUUGAUGGAGACUGAUGGUGAUCCUAAUUGUGUGUUAUGGAGACACCCGACACUAUUGUACUCAAAGGAAAACAUCACUUCACCACUAACAACUCUAAAUUCUGAAGCAUUACAAGCAGAAGCGCUCAAAUUAUUUAAGUGUGUCCAACUCUUCAUGUCAGUGGCCGUAGAGCAAGCGGGCAUAGACUACCACGUGGUACUGGCCCAGAAUGCCCUACAGCAAUGCCUGGAAGUAUCGGAACUGCAAGACGAGCUGGUAUCAGCACUGUGCAAGCAGUCGGCCCCACACGCAGCGCCCAAACACGCCGUACAGGUACCCAGAAAACUGAACGCAGCAAAGCUUAAAACACAACUGCUGCUGUGUGCGACCCAGUCGUUGUUCACUUGCGACACGGGCGCGUCGUCCGUGGCCGGCGACAAGGGAGACAUGCCGCAGCCGGCUGGCUCGCCUAGCUCCAUACAGGCACCAUUAUUAUCAGUGGACUGUAAAAGCAAUCCGCCGACGUACAGUUUCAUACAAGGCUGGCAGCUACUGGCUUUAGCGGUUAGUCUGUUUGUGCCGAGGAAUAAUAGAUUGCUGUGGUACCUCAAGUUGCAUUUGAGCAGGCAUUCGGACACAAAAACGGAAUGCGGUAAAUACGCAGCGUAUUGUGCGCGUGCGCUCGAACGUACGAUACGCAAUGGCGGACGCACGGACAAGCCGUCAAGAAUGGAAGUGCUAUCUAUAUUGCUGAAAAACCCCUACCAUCAUAGCUUACCACAUGCUAUACCUGUCCAUAUGCUCAAUAAUACUUAUCAGGUGAUAAGUUUCGACGGAUCAACGACAGUAGAAGAGUUCCUAUCUACACUAAGUUCAGAGUUAGGCUGUCGGGAGUCCUCCGCGUCUGGCUUCGCGCUAUUCAGCGAUGACCCUAUAGAGAAAGAUCUGGAACAUCACAUUAAACCGGAUAAAAAGCUAUGUGACGUAAUAUCCCGGUGGGAGACCGCGCUCAGAGAGAAAGGUUCUGGAAAGUUCGAGAACUCGCGCGUCAUUCGACUCACAUACAGAAAUAGGCUUUACUUCAAGAGCUCAGUGCGAACUGAGACGGACAAGGAGCGGCUUUUGCUCUGCUAUCAAGUCAAUCAGCAAGUGGUGGCGGGUCGGUUCCCGGUGACGCGCGAGCUGGCGGCAGAACUUGGUGCGUUGAUGGCGCAGCUCGACAUGGGGGACUUCUGCCCCACCAACACCACCCACGCGCACCCGCUGGCGCACCGCUUCUACCCCUACCGCUACCGCGCCAACAGCGCCGAGCUGAGAGACAUUGAAGAGAAACUGCGUACAAAAUGGACGGCGUUAAAAGGACGAAGCACGGCAGAUUGCGUGCGGAUAUAUCUCAACUGUACGAGGAAGUGGCCUUUCUUUGGAGCUACUCUCUUCCAAGCAAGGAUAAAACAACCAGACUUAUCAAUGGCAUGGUUAGCGGUAUCGGAAGAUGGAGUGGCGGUGUUAGAACUAGCGUCAAUGUCGGUUAUAGGCCGAUAUGCGCUCAACUCUAUCGGCCUGUUCGGUGGAUUACAAGACGACCUAAUGAUGCUAAUAGACGCUGAGGAUUCAACCAGCCCCGUUCACAAGAUGUUGAUCAGUCUCAAUAAACCAAGAAUGGUCGAGCUCACCCAUCUUAUAGCGGACUACAAGAACACACUCCGACCGACCCACCCGGGCACGCCACAAAUGAACUCCCUCACUCGCACCGGAAGCCACAGACUCCGGAAGCCAUCCACCAUGCCACACUCAUCGCCAUCCACCAUGCCACAUUUACACCAUACACAUACACACACACUCAAUUCUAACACUACAAUGACACUAGGGUCAGAUAGAAAUGCCACUUUGACACUAAGUUCGCACACGUCGACGUUCAAUCAGCAUUUGGAUGCGAGAGUACUGUCGCACGGGCAGCCAGAUAUUCUAAAGUCGACUCCAGAUCAUAAGAAACGUGCGCACACGCAAGAUGGCGUCGCGUGAAGAAAUCAGAAUAAAAAAAUGACGUCAAAAUAACAAAAAAAACUAUUCAUUAAAAAGAUGACGCUUUAAAAACAUUACAAUGACACUAAUUUCGGAUAGAAAUGCCACUUUGACACUAAGUUCCCAAGGGAAAGCUCAAAAAACAACGAUAACCAGAUAUUUUAAUCUACGUCUAUGCAAAAUAAAUGUACGUGAGACAUUUGCGUGUGCGCACGCAUUCUUAACAUUAUGUUUUUAACACACACACACUUAUGAUCUGUAUAAUAAUAUGUUUCUAAUCAAAAAUACCAUUAACUUACACAUCUGUUAAAUGUUGUAAAUAAUCAAAAAAUGAUAGAAUCCUUGAAAUUCAUCAAAUUAAACACAAAAGUGUUUCUCAAACAAUCAUUCAUCAAAAAAAACAAACAACAUAAAAAACAUACUUAUCAACUUUGACAUUUGAAUGAUAAAAAUAUAAAAAAUAUCUGAAAUCGACACAUUUACGAUAAAAUUUAAAUGUCCUAGCCGAAUCUUCAUAGUUUAUUUUGUAAGUAGUUUUAGUUUAGUUUUAUUUUUGUUGGAAAUCCUCUGAAACGAUUUUCCUCAAUAAAGUAGUAGUUUAAUUUUAAUAUAUUGGUGUUAUUUUUUUAAUGAAUUUAAGGCGACGUUUAAAUCUUAUCGUAUCAACAAAUAGGACGAAAAUUAUGAAAUAUUUGGACGAAAACAGCGAUUAUCGACUAUAUACCUCAUCUUUUGUAGCUAUCGGUUAGACAUCGGCUGUAUUAUAUUGAAUAAUUUUAUAUAAGUUUUUCGGCUUAGUGCUUAUGCUUAAGGUUCAGAUCAUGCCAACUAGAUAAGCCUUAAAUGGUAGUAUUUUAACGAGAAUUCACGAAUAAAAACGAACAAUUAUCAUCACAAUAUACAGUAGUAUAUUUUAAGCAUAGUUUUUAAAAAAAAUUUCAAAAUUAACUUUUGUGGCAUUUUUUGCUUAAACAACCCGUUAAAGUGAAAAUAAUAAAAUCUCAUAAAAUAUUACUAUUUGAGACAUCAUUUAUAUUAUGUGCAGGGUAUAGAGCAGUAGUGCGGUAGACUCACAUAGAUCCAAAGAAAUAGUUUCGCGUUUUAUUAAUUAUUUAAUAAGAGGUGCUUAUCAAUAACAUGUCAAUAUGUCUUGUAAAUCUCACUAACUGUAAAGUAUUAAGUCGAAUUAGCGCGGUAUUUCGCUAAACCACUGCCAAUUACGAUACGAUUCGAAUACGACACGACACGUUACGAUAUCGUCACGUAAAUUUUAAUGUCGUGGUUAAUUAAUUUUAACGGAUCGUUAAGGACGGUGUACAUAUAAGUUUGAUUGAUAUGGUUAUCUGUCAUCGUGUAGUUAUACCACUAGUUAUAACGACCAGUGAUAUUAAAAUAAAUGUACUUUAACAAAAAUCAUUGUUAUUGUUACGUUGGUUGUACGAAAAAUUGCCGUAAUUAAGACCAUAGACAAACGAAGCAAUUUUGAAUCUCUAAUGAUUGUAAAAUCAACCUUUUUAAAAAGAUCCUGAGUCUUAAAUUAGAUCUGUAACGAAUCUCUUGUAUAUCUCACAGUAAGUAUUAACUUUCAUAAUAUUAACAUUAAUUAUCGACUAAAAUGGUUGUUAAUU